AGUUCAUGAGUUGUCAAAUCAAAAACCUUCAAAAAAAUAACCUAUCAACAAGUGGUUCAAUUUGAAAUUUGAAUAGAACUUUCCUUCCUUUUUACAAUAAAAAUGACUGUGAUAGUAGUAGAAAAUAAAGAUAAAGUUAUAGAAAAGCUUUGUGAGCUGAUAGAACGUGCAGCAAAAGAAAGUAUUGAUAAAGGGGAUGUGUUUUUAAUAGGUGUUUCUGGCGGAUCACUGGCAGUAUUCCUUGAAGUUGGUCUACCUAAAAUUAAGUCAGAUUUUUCAAAAUGGAGGCUAUUUUUCUGUGACGAAAGAGUUGUACCUGUAGAUAAUCCCGAUUCCACAUAUGGACUGUACAAGAGGGCUCUGGUGGAUUCGGGGCUGCUUGGCUUAAAGCCAGAUCAGUUUGUGCAGAUCAAACAAGGUGUUCCAGCCGAAGAAGCAGCCAUCGAUUAUGAAAAUCAACUAAAAAAAUUCUUUCCAUCUCAACAACUACCCCAGUUUGACAUGCUAUUGUUGGGUAUGGGUCCAGACGGUCACACCUGCUCUCUAUUUCCAGGCCACCCACUGUUAUCGGUCACAGACAGAUGGAUUGCUCCUAUCACUGACUCACCGAAACCACCUCCAAGUAGAGUGACCAUGACUUUUCCAGUAGUCAAUAAUGCUAGAGUAUGUGUUUUUGCUACAGGCGGUAAAGAGAAAGCUGACAUGAUAAAGAAAGUACUAGUAGAUCAGGAUGAACAACUUCCAGCUGCCAGAGUAAAACCACAUUCAGGUGCAAUCUACUGGAUUGUAGACCAAGAUGCUGGAGUCCAUAUAAAGAAUAAAGUUUAAUUUGUAUAUAGGUAUUUUUAUACAUUGUUAAUGUUUUAAAAUAAAUAAGAAACAAUU